GUUUUAAUUGGGUUUUCUUUCUUUGAUGGGUACCUUCGUAGGCCAUGUCUUACCGGGCUUAGGAUUUAUGCUUAUUGGCCUCUGGCAUCUCCUCAAUACCAUCACAAAUUAUGCCCAAUCUCCAUGGGAAUUCCACACCAGGCCCUGGUUUCCCGCUAAAUUUAGAGGCAGAGUAGUAAAGCAUUUGGAACUUCUCGCUAUUUUAGCGGGGUCCUGUCUUUCAAUUUCUGCAGAGCUUUUCAUCGGGCCAAAGCGACAUCAGCCUCUGGCAGAUGACUGGACUAUUCCUCCCGACCACCUCAACAAUUUCGAGCACUCUUCUAUUUCAUUGUUUUUUCUCAUCUACGCCGCCGUGGCAAUCUACGUGGACAGGCAUGAGAUCCACGUGCCACACGGGAUGCUCCACGUGGUUGCCGCGCUGGCGUUCAGCCAGGAGUUAUUGCUGUUCCAUCUGCACUCCGCUGAUCACAUGGGGGCCGAGGGCCAAUACCACUGGCUGCUACAGCUUAUAGUUCUGCUUAGCUUGGUCUCCACUAUUUUAGAGGUACCUUUUCCCAAGAGCUUUUUGAUGGCCAUGGUGAGGUCAAUGUCUAUAUUAUUUCAGGGAUUAUGGUUUGUACACAUGGGAUUGGUGCUGUGGAUUCCUAUGUUUGUUCCAAAAGGGUGUAAAAUGAACGCAGAGCACGGUCAUGUGGUGGUGAGAUGUGAAAACCAGGGGGCUGACAUGAGGGCCAAAGCCCUGGCCAAUUUGCAGUUCAAUUGGUACUUGGCCUCUUUGCUUAUAUUCACUCUAGUGCUCUAUGUUAAAAUGAUGCAACGUUAUGGCGGCCAAAAAUUAGUGUCGUAUAUUUCAGUGGAUGAGAUGGGGAACGCCGCUAAAAAUAGCAGCGACAAACAGAGGUGGUCAAUGGAUGGAUCACAGAGUUCCAUGGACAUGGAGAAUAUGCAGCCUCUAAAUCUAGAAAGAUGAAAAUAUUUGUUUCUUCUACUAUUUUUUCCAUCUUUUUCAUGUGUUUAUGCCUAUAAACAUGUUUUUCCUGUGAUUUUCACCAAAUUUGGCAGUGGGUUAUCUGUUGACAACUUAGGUCCUCUGAAUUUCUCCAAAUUUGGCGGUGGGUUAUCUGUAAAGACAUCUGGUUGUCUGUAAAAUUUAGAAAUGGGAUGGUGGGGCAUUGCAUAGAAAAGGAAUGUAUGUUUUUAUUGUU